AGUGAGCGGUCACAUAUUUGGGUGAAAGGGCGCAGGUAUCUCCGGUUAUUUUAUUCACUCCGAACCGAGAGAAGGUACCUCAACAGAAGUUUGGUCCUGUGUGAGUGGUCAUUGAGUCGAUAUCAUGGCACUUCUCAGAGGUGUAUUUAUUGUAGCUGCUAAGCGCACUCCAUUUGGUACGUACGGUGGUGUGCUCAAAGACCACAGCGCCACAGACCUGGCAGAGCAUGCAGCCAAAGCAGCCCUCGCUGCCGGAGGCGUGGCUCCAGAGCUCGUCAACAGUGUCAUCAUGGGGAACGUCAUGCAGAGCUCAGCUGAUGCCCCGUACAUCGCCCGUCAUGUUGGCCUGAGGUGUGGCGUCCCCAUCCCAGUACCUGCUCUCACUGUUAACAGGCUCUGUGGAUCUGGUUUUCAGUCCAUCAUCAAUGGUGCUCAUGAGAUUUGCCUGAGGGAGUCGGAGGUGGUUCUGUGUGGGGGCUCAGAGAGUAUGAGCCAGGCACCAUACGCUGCUCGCAACAUCAGAUUCGGGACAAAGUUUGGAGUAGACCUCAAGCUAGAGGACACUUUGUGGGCAGGUCUGACAGACCUGCAUAUCAAGAUUCCAAUGGGCAUCACAGCAGAGAAUCUGGCAGAGAAAUACCAGAUCACACGAGAAGACUGUGACAGUUAUGCCCACCAGACCCAGCAAAGGUGGAAGGCAGCUCAUGAGGCAGGUUACUAUGCUGCUGAAAUAGCUCCCAUCGACGUGAAAGCUAAGAAAGGCAAAGUGCCCAUGACUCAGGAUGAACACCCUCGUCCUCAGACCACAUUAGAACAGAUGGCCAAACUACCGCCUGUCUUCAAGAAGGGUGGGACUGUGACUGCUGCCAACGCCUCAGGUGUGUCUGAUGGAGCUGCUGCUGUGGUGAUUGCAAGUGAAGAUGCGUGUAAAGAACACAAGCUCACUCCACUGGCCAGGAUUGUGUCCUAUCACGUGUCAGGCUGUGAUCCGAGCAUUAUGGGAAUCGGUCCAGUUCCAGCUGUCACUGAAGCUCUUAAAAAAGCUGGUCUUUCCCUCAGUGAUAUGGAUCUAGUUGAGGUGAAUGAAGCUUUUGCCCCUCAGUACCUGGCUGUUGCUAAGGCACUUGGACUGGACCCAGAGAAGAGCAAUGUUAAUGGUGGAGCCAUCGCCAUCGGACAUCCUCUGGGAGCCUCAGGCACACGCAUCACUGCCCACCUGGUUCAUGAGCUCAGGCGUCGAGGAGGCAAGUACGCUGUCGGCUCGGCCUGCAUCGGCGGUGGCCAGGGAAUCGCCAUCGUCCUCGAAAAAACUGACUGAAGAAACUGUCAAUCAUCUGUCAGGAAAGUUUCCUGUCCACAUGCCAUCCAUUAAGAAAAAAAACAGCUGAGCCAAACAAAGUAAAAACAAAAAUCCCAUGCAAACGUUCCCUCUACAUGAGGCUGCUCCAUCUGACUUGUGCUGCUCAUUCUUCAGUUCUUCUGUCAGUAUGUUGGUACAGUUGUCUGCCACACAUGGUUUAGUUUGGUAGUGCAGCGUAAGCCACAAAAUGAAAUGAAUUGGCUCCUCAAGGGUGGAAAAGGGUGUGUUUGUGCCUAAAAUACGUAACUCCUCGAUUAUGUUAAACCAUGUAGUAUAUUAUUAACUCAUACUGUACAGUCUGGUUAUAGUUGGUUUAAAUGAACUCUGAACUUGCCUUAAAAUGUCAUGUUAUCACUCCAUUAUCAGGAAUGAAUGUUUAACAAUCUAGUUUGACCUCCAGUGGCUUCAGCAAAAAAAAUUUUUGUAUUUCUUUGUCAACACUCAAUAAAUGACAUUUUGAGUAAAA